AGCAGAUGCAGCUCGCGCUCACAGAGGAACGUCAGACGCACACGAGCGCAACAGUUCAUUCUGGAUCAAAGCGAAAUUAAACUCCCUCGGUCUAAGACUGGAUUUAUUCGAGUUAAGAGUUAGUGUCAGGCGUCUCAAAUGGAGACAGAAGCCGUGGAUGUCCAACAGCAGGACGCAGGGCAGGACAGUGUCCCGGACAUGGUCAAAACCCAGGAGAAUCAUGUCCAUGUGCACACAACACAACCACAGGCCACUGGCAAACCCAAAGAAGUCACAGCAGAGAUUGUGUGCACUGACAGUAACCCGGAUCAUAGCGGAAACAGCGAAUCUUUGACAGACGCGGUCAUAACCAGUGAUGACGCUCUACUGCUACCUGACCAUAUAGCUACACUUUCACACAAAAUAGAGAAAAGCAAUGAGAAGUCAAGUCUUCCUAAUGGAUCUCCUUCAGGCAUCAUCACCAAUGACUCUGCUGUCAUCUGUACACCUCCUACUACUUCAUCAGGAGGAAAGGCACCUCAUGCUAAAACACCACAGAAAUGCAACGGUCAUCCAAAGUGUAACAGUCACAGACACCCUCACAAGGAACGUCCGACCUCGACCUUGACCUCCAAGAGCCAGCAGAGCUUCAAAGGCGAUGCUUCACAGAUACAGCGUGUGGCUGGAGACGACUGCUGUGUGCACUGUAUACUAGCCUGCUUGUUCUGUGAGGUGUUGUCUUUGUGUUCAGUCAUGGCUCAGUGUUUGGCCUGUGGUCUGGAGUGUGACGCUCUCUGCUGCUGUGGUGAAGCAGCCACCGGAGGACUGGCGUGCUGUGCUGAGAACACCUGCUCUGUCCUGCUGGACUGUGGACUACUGGAGGACUGCUGUCAGUCUUCAGACUGUCUGGAGAUCUGUUUGGAAUGCUGCUCUAUCUGUUUCCCUGCAUAGAACUAAAGCAGCCAAUUGGAGUCUCAACAGAACGAUAUAGAGCGCAGCAGUCUGGUUUCGGAAGCAAAAAUCUCAUUCAUGCUUUCCAUAGGGAAACUGAUUAUAAAUUAUAAUAAAAAAAACAUAAAAGGCUGACUGAACUCCAAGGUUGUUUAUCAAUGGUAUAUGCCUCUGUUAAAGCCAUCAAUCCGUUAUUUCAGCUUUUUGGUUAUUUCAAAUUAUGUUUAAAAUUGGAAUUACUGGUAAAAACCUACACUAUCCAUAAUCCUGAGGGGGGAUAUCCACCAAUCACAGAAUCGUGACAAACAAACCAUGGCAAAGGAGACCAGUCUACUAUUGAUCAAACAAACAGAAAGUCCCCCCCACUCAUGCCACCCGUUGAUGUGUCAGUCUAGAUGGGGCAUACAAAACAUACAGAGAAAUUUUUAUAACACCACAGAGACAGAGUGCUUAACUUUUGAGAAAAUUAACCUACAAAUGGCAUACUUUCCAUUGUCUCUGCAUUUUAAGGUACAAUAGAAGGAAGUAUUUACCUUUAUGCAUUUGGCAGACGCUUUUAUCCAAAGCGACUUACAGUGCACUUAUUACAGGGACAAUCCCCCCGAAGCAACCUGGAGUUAAGGACACAAUGGUGGUGGCUGUGGGGAUCAAACCAGCGACCUUCUGAUUAACAGUUAUGUGCUUUAGCCCACUAUGCAACACCCACCUCGUUUCUUUUAUGACAAUCCUAUUUAAAAAAUGAAUGGGAAAAAAUACUUCCGGAACCAAGGCGGCUGAAAAAGUGGGCGGGCACUGCUGUGCUCUAUUGAGUGCACAAAAGACUUUAUAAAACAUACAGAAAAGUAUUCUGCAAUGCAUUUUGUAUUUAUUUAGUAUAAAUGCUUAGAGCAAAGUUUGUUCUAUAUGAGGCUUCGCAAUGAAUCAAACAGGGACUAAUUCUGACAAGGACUUAAAGGUGCACUAAGUUUUUUUGGCUGGUUGAUUUGACAGAGGUUGACAGUGGCUGGUUAGCAUGGGCAGACUUCACUACACCAUUAUGUAGACAAACACCCUCUUUCUCCAUUGACGGCCAUUUAAUAGUAGCGGUGUAUUCUGACAUAUUUAUUUUAAUUUUGUGUGUGCAAAAAUUCCAUUGUAUUAUAUUGGGAAAGUGUAAGACAAAAAAGGGUAACCAAGACAUGACGGUCACCAUAAGAGGGCACCACCCUUUAUGUAGAAUAUGUCAGCUUUUAAUUUCUUUAUGGUGUAACUCUACAUUUGUGCACCUUUAAGGAGCUUGUUUAAACGUUUUCUUCCAAUAAUUUUAAAGGAAUAUUCCAGGUUCAAUGCAAGUUAAGCUCAAUCAACAGCAUUUGUUGCAUAAUGUUGAUUACCACAGUAAUGUUUUAUACUCGUCCCUUGUUUAUUUAAAAAUUGCAGUUAUAGUAGGGCACUUACAAUGGAAGUGAAUGGGGCCAAUAAACAUUCAAAUUUUGGCUCUUUUAUAUAUAUAUGAUGAGAUGAAAAUAUUUUUUGUGGUUAUCAAUAUUGUGCCACAAAUGCUGUCAAUUGAGCUUAACUUGUAUUGAACACAGAGCAUUCAUUUAAAGGUGUGGCAGUGAUGCUUGCUGCCACUCUUGCUAGUUGUUUAAAGCAUAUAUGUGACUCACAUAUGAGUAUGCACAUUACAAUGCAUGCAGUCAAUGUGCACACUAGAAAUGCCCUUUUACUGUAUUAAUAAUCUUGAUCCACUGUGAUAUUUUUAUACUGCUUAGAAUAAAUCAAGAGAUUCUUUUGUGUUUUGUUGAAAUAUUGGUUUGUUUUAGGAAUGAGUUCCUGUAACACUAUAACAUCAUAACAGUUGUGUUUGAUUUGUGGUAGCUACAGGUUUUAGUUUUGCAAUAUUCUGUUAAUCUGACCGUUUAUUCAGAACACACAAAUAUAUUUGUUCCCUUUCCAUUCUCAGCACUCUUAUCGAAAGUGCAUUCAUCAGGAAGCCUGGACCGAUGUAAAAAUAACCAGGAUGACUACAAAGCACUCGCAUAUUUCUCUGGGCAUGUUGAAUUUCACAGCCGUUCUCCAGAUGGCUCUGCCCAUGGCCUGGCCCAGUGAUUAGAUAGUGGCCACUGCUCUAGAGAGAGCGCUGAUGUUGAAUC